AAAUUUUCCUUCACUCAUAACUAGGGGAAAAUUGACACAAGUUACGUCGGCCCGUGGACCCCAGUUUGAAAACCACUGCCCCACUGAAUGUGCGUUGUCAUUCCACUUAAACAUGUAUCUUCCCAAUCUUUCGCUCUCAGAAUUGAACCCCGACCUGGAAGUUUGGCCCUCACUGCCACCCAUGCAGAGCGACGAGGGCAGCGACCGCUUCCUGACGGAGGAGGAAGAGGACGCAAGCGAGCCGCCGUCCGCAGGGGGCGGCGACCGUCUCACACCCGACGCGCCCAUCAUCACCAGCCCGCCCCAGACCCACAAACCCGAUGUUUACGACCUGGAGUGGAGGGCGGGGCCUGACGGCGGGAGCCCCAUCAACGCCUAUUUUGUCAAAUAUCGUAAGGUGGACGAGAUGGCCACGUUGAUGGAGAGCUGGCUGACGGUGCGCGUGCCCGGCAGCGAGCGCUCGCUACGUCUCUCCGAGCUGGAGGCGUCCAGCUUGUACGAGGUGCUCAUGGUGGCCCGCAGCUCGGCGGGCGAGGGCCAGCCGGCCAUGCUCACCUUUCGCACUGGAAAAGGUUCGUGUUAGUUGCAGUUGUUGCAGCAGUCGUAACAGUACCGUCCUUAGUGGGAGUGGUUUCAGUCGGAAUAGUAGUUGGAAAUGUACCAGUAGUUGUAGAAACAGUAGUAGGAUAGUAAGCAAAUAAAAACAAAUACGUGCACAACAAACUGUACGAGGUUAAAUAUUUACAGUACAGGGAAAGUAGUAGGAGGAA